GUGUCCGCAGGAAAAUACAAUCUGAGCCGUCCAUCUUGAUUCUUAAACUAAACAACAAACGGAUGGAUUCAUCUGGCAUCGGGGAGAUUAUUUCUCACCAGGACAAGCCCUAGUUCUCUUUCUCUCGGCGACGGCGGCUUCAGCUAAGAAAUCUUGAUUUGAAGCGCUUGGAACAAAUUUGAGCUUUGCAAUUGCUAUCAUACAUAGGGGUUGGUUGGUUAUAGAGAGGGAGUGGGAGAAAUGGUUUUAUUUUUUAUAAUUGGAGAUUCAUGCUCACUUUCGGAAGAUCUUUACGCUCUGCAAAAAUUCAUGGGAGGAUGAGGAGAGCAAAUUAAAUUUCAAUUUUAUUAUAGCUUUGGAGCAUCCUGGAGCAAAUGAGCAAUGGAGCUUGUGGAGCACCACUCUCAUCAAGGAUUGCUCACUUGUGAAGUUUUUGCUAUUGCCAUAUUCCUUUACCAGCAGAAAUGAGUGGUCGCUUUUCUCGCACAAUCUAUGUUGGCAACCUGCCAUCGGAUAUAAGAGAAUAUGAAGUUGAAGAUUUAUUCUACAAGUAUGGUCGUAUAUUGGAUAUUGAAUUGAAGAUUCCACCUCGUCCUCCAUGCUAUUGUUUUGUGGAGUUUGAGAAUUCUCGUGAUGCAGAAGAUGCAAUUAGAGGCCGUGAUGGCUAUAAUUUCGAUGGCUGUCGUUUAAGGGUUGAGCUUGCACAUGGUGGUAGAGGUCCAUCAUCUAGUGAUCGACGUGGUAGCUAUGGUGGUGGUGGUGGUGGUGGUGGUGGUGGUGGUGGUGGUCGAUUUGGAAUCUCCCGCCAUUCUGAAUAUCGAGUUAUUGUCCGCGGGCUCCCUUCAUCAGCUUCAUGGCAAGAUUUGAAGGAUCAUAUGCGAAAAGCAGGUGAUGUGUGUUUUGCUGAAGUUUCCCGUGACAGUGAGGGAACUUAUGGCGUUGUUGACUAUACCAAUCCAGAUGACAUGAAAUAUGCUAUUCGGAAACUUGAUGAUACUGAAUUUAGAAAUCCUUGGGCAAGGGGACGAAUAACGGUGAAGAGAUAUGAUCGUAGUCCAUCAAGAAGCAGAAGUAGAAGUCGCAGCAGAAGUAGAAGCAGGAGUAGGAGCAGGAGCCGAAGCAGGAGCAGGAGCAGGAGCAGAAGUCCAAAAAGAAUUCGGAGUAAAUCAGUAGAACGAUCUGUUUCUAGAUCAGUGUCAAGAUCUAGAUCUGCAUCACCUGUUAAACCAUCAAGAGCAAGAUCAAGGUCACGAUCACCAUCACGAUCACGGUCUGCAUCACCUCACAAGGUGCAAUCAGGAAGUGGCUGAUUCUGGGAACGGAAAUUCAGACUCUUCAUUGCCUGCUGAGAUGAGUUUGUGGGCAAGUUCUUUUAACUUCAUGUUUUAAUGAAAACCUAGAGACUAGUCAUUAGCUUAUGGAUUGGUAAUGAUUAAUCGAUGAAUGUGGAGGAAGUUGAAUUUAUGAAUCUGCGUAGUUUUUAUUUAUUUUGCACAUUGUUUUCAAUUAUCUUUCUGUGCUUGUAGCAAACCUUUGACUUUGAGUAUUAGUUAAUGAGUUAUUGUGAGUUUUGAACA